AUGAGUAGAAAGCGGAAUCAUGAUGAUGCAUCAUCUAGCAGCAGCAGCAGUAGUAAGAUGAUCAAGACUGAUGAUGUGGAUGCGGGACCAUGUGGGGCUUGCAAGACAUGGAGAUCAGUAGCACUCAGCAACUGGAAAACGUUUAUGGCAUCCAAAUCACCCAUGGUGAUGCGUAUCUCUACUCAUGGAAGAAAACGAACGAUUUCAGGCUUACAUUUAUGUGAACUUACACUCAAUCCUAAGCCCAAAUUGAAGUUGCUCGAAACCAAGAAUUUUCCGGAACAAACCUUCUUUUUCCCAAAGCUUCUUGGUUUCAUGCUGCUUGCCCUUAUAUGGAAGUUCGACUUUCCACCCUUCAUGGCGCUUAUCAUUGCUAUUCUCAAUGAUGGUACAAUUAUGACAAUCUCCAAAGAUAGAGUAAAACCCUCUCCGUUACCUGACAGCUGGACAGAGAUUUUUGCUAUCGGAAUCAUUCUCGGUAGCUACUUAUCCAAAGAUAGAGUAAAACCCUCUCCGUUACCAGACAACUAG